UUUUGCCUACCUUCCUUGCUGAUAAAAAGGCAUAUCGUUGGCGGGAGAGUGGACGAUACCAUAGUUGGAAAUUGGAAAACACUUCUCUUUUCAAAAUGAUGUCCAUUUUCUAUCCUUUUUAAUUAAUUCUUUGGAGAUUAAUUAAUACGUUUAUAUAUGAUUUAUCUUUCGCUUAUAAAAGAAAAUGGUGAACACUGAUCAAUAGAAUACGGGGUACGUAGAAUAUUUUAAAUGGAAACAAAGGGGGCCUUAAAAUCAAAUUAAAGAUUUGCUGAUAUGUAAUUUCCUCAAAUGGUACACAGUAUCUUCAUGAUUUCCAUAUGCAAUGCUGAGGAUCGCAUCCUAGCUAAUUUCAGCAUAAACAGUUCGGUGGGGCACAACAGCUAGCAAUAUGUCCAAUUUGGCAACUCCGAUGAGAAUUUGAUCCUUCAACUUCAACAAACAGUAGUUGAUGGAAUAUUGAGCAAUUUUGGUUUUGGUGACUCUGGAAAAUUCUCUCAAUUUAACUUACCAUAUACGUAUUGCACCUAAAUAUAUGGUGGGAACUGGGAACCACACCUCUCUCUCUCUCUCUCUCUCUCUCUCUCUCUCUCAUCUAUAUAUCAAACUGUCAGAUUCCUGCAAAUAGUGCAAGUGCAAUGUAUUUUUAUAAAUACGUCGCCCGCACACCCUAGCUCUCACUUAAUUAGUUCCCAACCUUAAUUGAGUUUGCAAGAAAUCAAAUGCUGGGAAAGAAGAAGGACCAGAAAUCAUCACUUCCAAAUUCACCUACAUGUCCACCAUACUCAUCAUCAACAUCAGAUUGUUUGCCUCCAAAUAGGAUUCAUAAUGAUGCCAAUAAUGAAGUCGCAAGCUGCUGCAACAUUCGCUUGGAGGAAGAAAACAAGGCGGCCGUAUGCCAGUAUGUCGUCGUCGUCGGCAACAAUGGCACUCCCACUGAUAAUGAUGAUCAUCUGUUUGUUUCAAGUGAUCACAAGUCAAAUGAUGAUCAUGUCGAUCCCGGUGCUAGUCACGUCAAGGCCAGUAGUUCUUUUGCUCAUUCGGUCAUCAACAUGGUUGGCAUGCUUAUCGGUCUCGGGCAAUUAUCAACCCCAUAUGCUUUACAGAACGGAGGAUGGGCUUCUGCAUUCCUUCUUGUAGGCCUAGGCUUAGGAUGUGCAUAUAGUUCUCAUUUAUUGGGAAUAUGCUUGAAGAGGAAUCCGAAAUUGAUGAACUACAGCGACAUCGGGCAACAUGCAUUUGGAGCAAAGGGAAGAGUUUUAGCUAUGUCUUUCAUCUACAUGGAAAUCUUCAUGGCUCUUGUGUCCUAUACUAUCUCACUCCAUGACAACUUAACUAUAGCCUUUUUGGGAACCGGGCUACACCUCAAUCUCAAGCAGCAGCUGCCUUUAGCUACUAGUCUCCUAUCAACAUCUCAGCUCCUAACCGUGAUCGCCAUUUUUGUGGCGCUUCCGAGCUUGUGGCUCAGAGAUCUCUCUUCGAUAUCAUUCCUUUCAACUGGCGGUAUUUUCAUGUCACUUGUCAUUUUAGCAACCGUGGCAUGCGCCACCAUUUUUGGAGGGGUGAGAGCUAACCACAGAAUACCAGUUCUCCAACUCCACAACAUUUCGGCAAUAUCUGGACUUUACAUAUUCAGUUUUGCAGGUCAUAUUGUUUUUCCUGACAUAUAUAGGGGAAUGAAAGAUCCUUCAAACUUUACCAAGGUAUCUAUCGUAAGCUUCACGCUAGUGACAGUGCUAUAUACAACCUCAGCAUUUAUGGGUGCCAAAAUGUUUGGGCGUGAAGUAAAUUCUCAAAUCACUCUCAGCAUGCCGCGAAACCUUAUAUUUACGAAGAUUGCACUAUGGGCAACUGUUAUCACACCUAUGACCAAAUAUGCACUAGAAUUUGCGCCAUUUGCGAUGCAGCUUGAGCGUAACCUUCCUCUCUCAAUGAAUACAAGGACAAAGAUGAUGGUACGAGGUGGCAUAGGAUCAUUAUUGCUACUCGCAAUCCUAGCGCUAGCUCUUUCUGUGCCAUAUUUUGAGUUCGUUCUCAGCCUCACUGGCUCCCUUGUCAGUAUUGGAAUUUGCAUCAUUUUUCCCUGUGCCUACCACACCAAGGUUUUUUGGUCUGAAAUCUCAAAACCGUUGUUGAUUCUGAAUGUGAUCCUGAUUUUGGUAGGCUGCCUUCUUGGGUUAUCAGGAACCAUUUCGUCGUCACACCUACUUGUGAGGAACUUACAUACAAGAAUACGUCACUCACCGUGAAUGCACCAGCCAUUGGAGAUUUGCAACAACUUUUCCUACUUUUGUAUUAUCUUCUAUUAUGGAUGAUACAUAUGAGAAAGUGUAUUAGUUCAACAUGGUGUAUAUGUGAAAUAAACUAUACAACAUGAUAAUGUAAAACUGCAUGAUUAAUUAGCAGUUGGCUGAAUAACUAAUAUGCAGUAACCAAUCAUAUAGUGUCACGUUCAAAAGUUGUGCAAAUUAUGACAUACAUUGUCGUGUUACUUGACA